AAUUUUUCUAAAUUUCUCAUAAUUAAAAAAUAUAAUUUCUUAAACUAAAAUAAAAACCCAACAAUUUCUAACUAAAUUAAAAUUGAUGUCAUAACAAAUAAAGUUAUUAAAAAUUAAAUUUGCAUUUAUAAUGUUAAGAAGGGAAGAUAAAAAAAAUAAUAUAGGAGUAACAGAAAAGUAUAAAAGUUUGAAGGUUUAAAAAAUUAAAAAAUACAAUGUUGAUUUAUUAUAUAAAUUAAGUUGGUGAUUUUUUAUGUUUGAAAAAUUGGUGAAAAUUAAAUGAUGUAAGAGAAAUAUUUGUGAGCUAAAAAAAGGUUGCUUUGGAAAUAACUGAAAGAGAGGAGAGGAGAAGAGAGGAAAAAAAUAUAAUUAAUAGAAUUUGAUUUUAUGCUAUUAAUACGUUAAGUAAAAUUUUAAUCAUUUAUUUAUCUUAUUACAAUUACAAUACUCCUUCCUAUUCUUCUUAUGUAUCUCAUUUUCUUUUAUAAUCAAGUCACACUAAUUAUCACAUUUUUAUUUUGAAUAUGGUUUAUUAAUCUUUAUGCCCUUAGUGGGUUUAUGUUAUUUUCAAUUAAAUCUUCACUUACCCAUAUUAAUUGACCCCUCUUUUCACUAAUCAAAACAACUUAAACCUAAUUAAUAUACCCACUCAUUAACUAUUCCCUCCCUUUUUAACCCUAAACCUUACCCAUCCCCAUUUGUGCCCCAUUUGUGCUUUUGUGUUCUUCCUUUAAGAACCCUAGAUCUGAGUUGUUUCUUCUUCAUCUCUCUAUUCCUCCCUCUCUGUAUUCCUCUAAGAACCCUAGAUUUGGGUUAUGUCUUCUUUAUCUCACUCGUGUUCUUCUCCCUCUUCUUUUGUGGUUUAGUGUUCUUCACCCUUUUCUCAUGGAAAACCCUAAGUCGCCUUUGAAAUCACACCUGAAAAACCCUAACUCGCUUACUUCUUUACCUCUGAGAAUCCCUAAAUCCCCUUUGAAGUCACCUACAAAGAUUGAGUUGAAGGGGUUCGAUGAUGAAAAUCCUAGAUCUAGUUUGAAGUCGUUUAAGGAAGAAUAUUUUGAUUACUAUGCUGAUGACUCAACUUCUGUUGAGACGGAUCCAAAGUGGGGAAGAGAACUUGACUCUGAAGGUGAACCCAUUUACACACCUGAGGUAAAUUUGUAGACUGAUCGUGAAUAUUCUUUCAUUGAUGCUGUUUUUUCAAAUGCUGAUUGUGAAGAAGAGGAUUGGCUUGAUAAGCUUGGUCCUUUCUCAAGUAUAUUGGAGUGGGAAAGGGGGAAGAGGUGCAACUAUUUUACUAUUUUAUCGAGUCUGAGCAACACCCGGAAACCGAUCCACUUAUGCUUUGGCUCACUGGAGGACCUGGUUGCACUUCCCUCUCUGCAAUUUUCUUUGAACAUAUUGGUCCAUUAUCUUUCAACUAUACAGGAAUAAGUUUCAAUCGUACUACAGCUACUUGGGAGACUGAUCUACCGGCUCUUCAACUAAAUCCCAACGCUUGGACCAAGUUUGCCAGCAUACUAUUUCUGGAAUCACCUGUAGGUACCGGAUUCUCUUAUGCAACUAGUGCUGAAUUUUACUCUACCACAGAUAUAAUAGCAUCAAAGCAAAUCUAUAAGUUUCUACAAAAGUGGUUUACUGAGCAUCCUCAUUUUGCGAAAAAUCCUCUUUACGUUGGUGGUAGCUCAGCCUGUGGACUUAUCGUCCCUUUUAUCACGCAAGAGAUUGUUAAUGGAAAUGAUGAUGGAACUGGAUUACAACUCAACAUUAAGGGAUAUGUUCUUGGAAGUCCACUGACUGAAUUAAACGGUAGUGCAACAACCGCAAGAAUUGAUUUUGCCCAUCGUGUAUCCCUAAUAUCUGAUGACUUUUAUGAGGCAACCAAAUCUAGUUGUGGUGGCCCACACUGGAAUGUUAGCAAUGCAGAUUGCACAAAGAAUCUAAAUGAAGGAUCAAAAGUUUUUGAUCUACUUUUUCCUGAACAUAUAUUGGAGCCUAAGUGCAAUGUUUCAUCUCCAAUAAUUUGGUGUCGGAAAAAUUAUAACUUGAUCAUCGACAAUUGGGCUAACAACAUUCAGGUUCGGGAAGCACUUCAUGUUCGAAAGGGAACAGUAGGUCACUGGACUCGGUGUAACGCAACUUUGAAGGCUCGAUCAUACAACAUGACUUUGACAAGCAGCAUUAGUUAUCAUCAAAAUUUAACAAAUAAGUCUAUCAGGGCUCUAAUAUACGAUGGUGAUCAAGAUCUGCAAAUUACAUAUGUUGGCACUCUGACAUGGAUUGACAAGCUUAACUUGCAAAUUUCUGAUUAUUGGAGGCCAUGGUUUGUAAAUGGGAAAGUUGUUGGAUAUGUCACAAAGUUUUCUAACAGUCAUUACGAUUUGACAUACACUACAGUUAAGGGAGCAGGACAUUGUGCCUCUGAGUUUUACCCACACGAAAGUUCAACUAUGUUAAGAAGAUGGUUUGCGUGUAAACCUCUCUAGUUGAUCAAAACCAAAACAAGAGAACCAAGUGGCAGCCUCAACCGAAGCGGAAGUGCGAUGCGUCUUGGAAACUCGGGAUUGUAUUUGGUAACCAUUCUGGUUGCCUCCUUUAUAUGGUUUGGAGUGCCUAAAAUAAGCGACAAUUGGAUCCAUUUUUCAAAAGUUCAUUAGUAUAUAUCUAUGUGCAAUUUUGUAAUAACUCCAAUAUCUUUACUUUACCAUUUCCGGGAAGUCUAAUUGGAUGAGUAUAGAUAGACAAGACAUAAGAUCUAUAAGAUCUAUCAUUGUUGCAACUUUUGUAGUCAUUCCUCCAAAGGUCUUUGAUUUUACAACAAACAUUUGACUUAAAGCAGUGAGAAACAAAAUGUGAUGCUUUCUUAAUUAAAUAGGUAUUAUAUAUUGAUAUUUUAACAUGUGUUUUGUUUUUCAAAGUGAGUUUCAAAUAAAGAUACCAAUUUCAAUCUGAGAAGUAUAAUUAUUGGCACUUAUUGAUGACAUUUAUAUUCUUUUUUCUAAAGUUAUAGAACUAUUUUGCAUGGUUUGAUGUAUAGUUGUGUAGUAGUGUAUUUUUGCCUCAAAAGCUUAUUUAUAAUAUUUUAUGUGUUUUUUGAGGUGAAAAAGAGAUUUUAACGGUCUUAUAGAAUCAUAAAAGGAUAAAGGCUUGAAUAUAUAGUUUAAUACCCUUACCUUGUGGUGACACCAAGAGUCAAAAAUCAACAACAAUAAAAAGCCACGAGUCGUAGCUUAUUAGUAAAGUUUUCCAUGACUCAUCGCCAACCCCGUAGAAGAGAAUAUC